AUGAGCGACAGCGAUGUCGACGAGGACGAGCUCCUCCAGAUGGCCCUGCAGGAGCAGGCGGCGCGGGACCUCAGCCACCAGCGCCCGGGCGCCGCGAACAAGCCCGUCGUCAACCUCGUCCGCCCCCCCGCCCGCGGCGCCAACGCCCGCGGAGGGGGUGCCGCCAAGGCGCGCCAGCCCAGCCGCGGCGGGGACGAGGACGAAGACUCCGAGGUCGAGCUGCUCUCCAUUUCUUCCGGCGACGAGGACGGCGCCCCCGCCCGCGAGCGCGGCCCCCCGCCGCCCCGGGGGGGCGGACGUGCCGGGGCCCGGAGGGCGGCGUCGCGGGACGAUGGCGAUCUCGACGACGCCGAACCCAGGAGCUGGAAACGCGUCGACGAGGCCGAGCUUGCACGCAGGGUUCGGGAAAUGCGUGAAGCAAGGGCAGCUCCUAGUGCUCAAGCAAUUGAUCAGACAGCAGCAGCAGCUCGGAAGGCACUCACAAGUGUACAGACUUUACCUAAAGGAGUGGAGGUUUUGGAUCCAUUGGGCCUCGGUAUCAUGGACAAUAAGUCCCUGCGACUAAUCACUGAUUCUUCAGUAAGUUCUCCAAUUUCAAGGGAGAAGUCUCAGGGUUUGGACCCCAGUAUGCGAGACAAAGUUGUAUAUUCUUCUCCAAAUUUCGAUCCCAAGGUUUUUCUUUCGUGGGUUCACAAAGAUACUAGUGCUGCUGAUUUAGAGUCUGGUGCUCUUACCUUGAAAACUGAUCUCAAAGGGAGAACACAGCAGAAAAAACAAUUAGUCAAGGAGAACUUUGAUUGUUUUGUCUCAUGCAAAACUACAAUAGAUGACAUCGAGUCGAAACUUAGGCAGAUAGAAGAAGAUCCUGAAGGUGCAGGUACUGUUCACUUGUAUUCAGUCACAACAAAAAUCAGCGGUGUGGCAAAUCGUGCAUUCGAGCCUCUAUUCGAGAGGCAGGCCCAAGCUGAAAAGAUCAGAUCUGUUCAAGGAAUGCUUCAGAGAUUUCGGACACUAUUUAACCUCCCAAGUGCAAUUCGUGGCAACAUUAGGAAAGGAGAGUAUGAUCUAGCUGUCAGAGAGUACCAGAAAGCAAAAUCAAUUGUCCUUCCUUCUCAUGUCGGAAUACUCAAACGUGUACUUGAGGAAGUGGAGAAGGUAAUGCAGGAAUUCAGGGGCAAGCUUUAUAAGACAAUGGAAGAUCCUCAUCUCGACCUUGCUGAGCUUGAAAACAUUGUCCGACUACUGUUGGAGUUGGAACCCGAGACUGAUCCAGUGUGGCAUUAUCUUAAUAUUCAGAAUGGCAGGAUUCAUGGAUUGUUCGAGAAGUGCAGCUUAGAUCAUGAAGCACGAAUGGAGAUUUUGCAAAAUAAAAUUCGUGAGAAAGUGCUAUCUGAUUCAAAAUGGAGACAGUUGCAACAAGACUCAAAUAAAUCAUUGGAAGUUGAUUCUGGUGAUUCUUUUCAAGAUGAUCAAUUGUCAUCAAACUUCAUGGCUGAAGAGGCUGAUAGUUUAAGGGCGACCUACAUCCGAAGGUUAAAUGUUGUACUGAUGCAGCAUGUUCCAGCAUUCUGGAGGUUAGCAUUAUCUGUCUUCAGUGGAAAAUUUGCCAAGGCAGCUGCUGGGAAUGUACUUGCUGAUGCUGACAUGAAUGCAAAAUCUGGUACAAAUAAAACUGACGAUAAAAGUGCGGAGGCAAAGUACACAAACCAUAGUCUUGAUGAAGUUGCAAGUAUGGUUUGUGCUACUGUAUCUGCUUUCGACACCAAGGUUCAGAAUACAUUCCGUGAUUUUGCGGAGUGCAACAUUCUUCGUCCAUAUAUGGGUGACGCUAUAAAAGAAAUAGCUAAGGCCUGUCAGACACUUGAAGGGAAGGAUUCAUCUCCAAGUGCUGUUCAAAUGUUACAUGCCCUUCAUUUUGAAAUGACAAAGCUUUACAUCCUACGACUUUGUUCUUGGAUGCGGGCAACAACUAAGGAGGUAUCAAAAUGUGAGACUUGGGUUACUUUGUCCACCCUUGAGAGAAACAAGUCUCUCUAUGCAAUUUCAUGCCUUCCAUUUGAGUUCCGUGGAAUCACAAUUUCAGCAAUGGACCGGAUCGAAUCAAUGAUCUUUAAUCUGAGGAGUGAGACUGCUAAGUCUUUUGACAUUUCUCAACAGCUUCAGGAAAUCAAUGAGUCUGUUAGACUCGCAUUUCUAACUUCUUUUCGGGAUUUUGCGGGUUAUCUGGGGACAUUUGGUGGGGAAUUAGCUCAGAGUAGAUCAAAUAAAGAGAACAAUCAUGUGCAGAAUGGGUAUAUAAAUGGUACUGAUAAAGAAACAUCUAGCAUGGAUGGAGAUUUGCACAAGAAGCUGUUGGUUGUUCUGAGUAACAUUGGAUAUUGUAAAGCUGAACUUUCAGAUGAACUAUAUAACAAAUAUAGGCACAUUUGGUCCCCAAUCAGGGAUAAUGAUGAGCGUAGUGCUGACAUGCGAGAGCUCAUGAUGUCCUUCUCCAGACUUGAGGAUCAAGUCCUGGAACAAUAUACUUGUGCAAAGUCAAACUUGAUCAGAAGUGCUGCACAGAGCUAUCUGUUAGAUUCUGGGAUUAAUUGGGGAGCAGCACCGGUAGUAAAGGGCAUUCGAGAUGCAACUCUUGAUUUACUUCAUAUCCUUGUAGCCGUACAUGCAGAGGUGUACUCUGGUGCAAGGCCUUUGUUGGAGAAGACGAUGAACAUUUUGGUUGAGGGCUUGAUCGACAUUUUUCUUAGUCUUUUCUACGAGCAUAAGGCCAAGGAUCUCAGACUGUUGGAUGCAAAUGGUUUCUGUCAGCUCAUGCUUGAGCUUGAGUAUUUUGAAACUGUGUUAAACACAUACUUCUCAACUGAGGCACAGCAAGCUCUGAAAUCCUUGCAAGAGAGUUUGUUGGAGAAAGCCUGUGAAAGUGUGGCUGAAGCCUUGGAGAAUCCUGGACAUCAGCGUCGACCUACUCGUGGCAGUGAAGAUGCUGCAUCGGAUGAUAAACAAGUGCCAUCAGUAUCACCCGAUGAUUUGCUUGUUCUUGCUCAGCAAUGUGGGAGCGAUCUACUGCAAGGGGAGCUGGAGAAAACCCGAUUAAAUAUAGCAUGCUUUAUGGAGUCAACUCUUCAGUCAACAUCUGCACCUGCAGGCUCAAAACCUUCAGCUUAUUCUUCUUACCAGGCACCAGCACCACAUCACCCGGUUCAAGUCUCCUCCCCUAGUUUUAGAAGGCAGCAGACAAGUACAAAUUCUCCUAUAGUCUCCAGACGACGUCGAUGAACUUGAUUCUGAGAGAGCGAUUGUUCAUGAUGUGGUCUCUUCACUAAAUUUCUUUAUUCAUCUUGCCUUUUUUUCUCUCUCUUUCCACUCAUUGUAAUUAGUGUCCUGUUGUGUAUUAUGAAUUUUGAUCCAUGUUUCUGGUGUUGUAUGAUAAAAGGGGGUACAGGUGCUGCCGAACGGGACUAUCUACUUGUAAAAUCUCUGGAAACUGGAAUUGCUAGUAACUUGUUUUCUGAGAUACCAUGAUAAAUUACUUAUCUUGAAGCCAGAGGUAAUGUUUAACCAAACAAUGAUUCAGUUGA